AUGACAGAUAAGAAAAUAAAGUACCUUCCUGCCUUGGAAGAUGCCAAUAUACCCUUGACCGAGCAACAGCUGGCGAUACUAGAGAAGCAGGUGGAGGCAGAACAACCCAACCCAACUACACAAUCAUCGUUCAAUUAUGCGUGGGGACUGAUCAAGUCAGACGAUGUAGAGGAUAACAGAAAUGGUAUCAACAUUUUGGUUAGUAUAUUCACUAAUGUGCCUCAAAGGAGACGGGAAUGUCUGUACUACUUGAGUUUGGGAUGCCUGAAGUUGAAUGAAUUGGAGAACGCAAAGCGAUACGUGGACGGAAUUCUGGCACAUGAACCUGACAAUUAUCAAGCAUUGCAACUUAAACAAGUCAUAGAAAAUAAGAUAUCCAGGGAUGGAUUAGUGGGGAUUGCUUUGUUUGGUGGUGCCGUUGCUAUUGGAGCUGCUGCACUGAGCACUAUGUUCAGAUAUAACCGGAAGAAGUAA